AUGCCUUACACGCCCCCAUCCCACCGUUCUCCUGCCUCCUCAGCCCCCCCUUCUCCUGACGUCAGUCGAAGACCAUCCUUCGCCGUGCAAAGCCCAACCUCACCGAGACCUACUUUACCCCGGUCUACCUCUUAUCUCACUAGGCACCGGAGGGCAUCUUCGGUUGGGAGUACAACUCCGGUUACAUCACCCCCAGCUGUAAAUGGUCCCACUCCGGACACCACCCCUCCGGGGACUUCAGAUAAUCUGAAGGGUAUUGUAGCCUCCCGCGGGAUUCCGGUAAGGCAAUCCCCGCCUCCGGUCGCUGAUGUGCAGGCCAUGCCCCCGGGGGCUAUCAUCUCUCCCCCAGAAUCGGCCAGUGAAGAUGAAGGAGCUGCUGAAUUGCGAAAUCGGGGACGGGAGAUUGAAAAUAUGAAGGAACUGAAGGAGGCUAUCAGCUCGAUACCGCAGCACCGCUCGACGUCGCCGAUCAGAUCUUCGCCUGGCGAUCUUCUUUUGUCACCGUCACAGGUUAAGGAACUAACCGGGGAAUCGCGCCAAGCACUUCUUACAGCCACUCUGCCUGCCCUUAACACUGGACUUAGCACCGGAGCCCGUAAGAUCUCUCACUCGAGAUCGAACACGGAUUCCCACAUCUAUAUGUCCAAGUCAGCAGAGGAGUCUAUAAGUACGUCCGAGGAAGGCUCUGAGCAAGAUGAGCCGUUUAAGAAGCCGCAGAUGGUACGAAAGAAGUCGGGUGAGUUAGUUCGACCGGCGUUACGGCCGCACAGAAGGCCGUCUAGCAUGCCUGGAACGCCGACGUUUUCGAAAGCUGUUCACUUCGACUCGCAUCUCGAACACGUACGUCACUUCUUGCAAGUUGACCGGCCACUCGCAGUUAGUGCCGGCACUUCUCCGGCGGAUAACUACGAUAGCGACAACGAAUACCCGUUCGGAGUCAGCGAGAAAAAGAGCGCGCGGCCGGCAUCGUUUGAAUGGGAACUUGUCGUGCACAACUUUCCUGCAGAGACUCCGAUACGCAAGGCACUCCCUGUCCGGUUGGAAAGAGUAUGGAUGUCACCCGACCAGAAGUCUCUGAUAGGAUCGAUAGCCGUAGCCAACCUGGCUUUUCAUAAGUCGGUAGUAUGCAGAUUUACGUUUGACUACUGGAAAACGACUUCCGAAGUGGCCGCCGAGUUCCACCACGAGAUUAGGCCACGCGAAAAUGAACCCGGUUACGAUCGAUUUCAGUUCAGUCUUAAAUUGUCUGAUUUCGCUAAUCUCGAAGCUAAGACGUUGUUCUUCUGUAUUAGAUACAUCGUCAACGGCAUCGAAUAUUGGGAUAGCAAUGAUGGCGUCAACUUCCAAGUUGAUUUCCGUAAGAAGACGAUUGCUGCAAAUGGCAAGAAGGGCGGCCAGUCCGUAUCUUCUCGCCCUGCCAACGGCCUACCACGUAGCACUCGCCGAGCUAAUCCCUCGACAGCGGCUCGCCCAAGGUCUAUGCCCGUCGGUGCGUUGGAUGAUUUCGGGCAUGACGACGACGAUGAUGAGAAAUUUCUUAAUUUCGAUAAACCCCUCCAUGAAGUGCUUGGGGAGUCUGGGCCUGCCGGUCUACGGCUUAAGGGUUCGAAAUCGACGAGCAGUCUGCCCAGCGACAACUUGUCGACUCGGCUAUCAGCUCCGAGUGGACAGGCUUUUGCCAAUCGGUACGACUUCGGGGCUUCGCUCACUGCCGCUAAACAGGCACACCGCGAAUCUAGCCAACGGAAUGAUGGCUUGUACAUGAAGCCCAAUAAGAGAGCUUCGUUCAACGCCGUCCCCGCUGCCCAGAUACCCAAGGCAUCUCAGCCCAACCGAGCCCCGCCUGCGUCCUCAUCUGCCCCAUCGGGACCGAAGGUUUCCAACAAUGGUUCUUCCUCGGCCAGCAUAGCGUCGGCUUCGUACGAAGAGAUCCUCAACAAAUACUGCUUUUUCAACGGUUCAAAGCAAUCCGGUCCUCAUAUGAGAGAUGGAACCUCGCGCAGUGGUCGGAAUGACGGGGUGGAUGAUUUGUUAAUUCAUGGGUCGAACAGCACCGACUCGAGUUCGAAUGGUAGCCCAAACAUUACUGAUCAGUCGUAUCAUCACCACCACAGCGCGAUACAUCAUUCUCUACGACAGAGUCUUAACCCGUACUUUGGUACUGGAUACAUGUCAGCAGCUAUUGGUGCUUCUCCGGCAGAAUCUCCGCUGUCGCAGCAGAGUCUUAGCCCGACUAGUUCCAGUACCCCUACGGGUAAGGUGACGUCUCCAGGUUCGAUGACUGGCUUCCUCCCCCUUGCUGGUACGUCACCGUUCAAGUUUCCUGCCGACCCAACUCCAUUCCUCGCCCAGAAUAUUCUCCCUCAAAUAUCGAUUUAG